GUACUGCGUUUAGCGCUGCAUUUUGCAACAGGAUCGUGAUUCGCAGCAGUGGAGAUCGUUAACGCAGAAGGUUCGACGCCUAUAGAUAUUUACGACUUUACUUUUACUAUUGCGAGACUGCGACGCGCAGCAUGGCAAGAAAUAUGAGCAACAUAGAGCAGGAAACGAUAGCCAAAUCGUUUCGGAUCGUCACCGAAAAGGUGCACAUGCUGAUGAAGGUCUGGAAGACAUUUUUCGACGACAUCUGCUACCUGGACUAUAUGACGUCGCUGCCCGAGAGCAUUGGGAUGUUUUUGAACGAAAUUUUACAGCUCACAAUGCAAUACUGCACGCAGAAGACUAACGAGAUUCAGGAGCUGCGCGCCAAGGCAACCCAUCUGCAGUACGUGCUCGAUGGGAAGGUACGCCGGGAAAACUGGCUGGACCAGCAAAUGCCGCUCGAUCGUAGAGUGAUGAUCCUGCAGCAGGAAGUGUUUGCGCUGCGAAGUAAAGUCAGCGAACGCAGACGCCAGCUCGAUCAGUACGUCGAAGAGCAGACAAAACUUUGCAAUGAACUAGGAAAUGACAGACCAAACCUCAAACACUUGUACAUCGAGGACGAGACGGGCGUCCUUCCUGACAAUCAAACGAUGGCCUUGUUCGGCGAGUACCUUAACAGUUUGCGGCAGGAGAAAGCAUUGCGAAAGGCACGCAUCGAUCAGAUUCAGCAAGACUUGCGGGCGAAGGCAAAACAACUAAACUGGGAACCGCGCAAACCGGAGCAGCAAACCCUGUUGAACAACGCAAAUCUUCCCCCCACUGCACAAACCAUUGCCAAACUGGAGGCAUUGUACAGUGUGGUGUGCCGGUUGUUGGGGGGCAAGCUACAGCAGCAAUGGCAAACGAAGUCGUCCACAUCGUUGCGCGAAAACCCAUCACCUCCACCCCCACCGCCGUCGCCGGAAGGGGAACAAGCGGUUGCAUCUUCAUCAUCGCUGCAACAAUCAACACUCGAGAAAACACUCUCACAGUUGCAGCUCGAUACGGCUGACCACAAGAAAAGAGGCCUGUUAGAGGUGAACAUCAGUCGAUAUCAGCAGUUGCAUGCCGACUCGUGCGCUGAUCUAAGCCGGGAAGGCAUCAUCGCGUACAUAUUUCGGGGUAUGCAGUGUAACAUUAACCUCUGGUGGGACCGGUGUCUCAUCGCCGAAGACGACCGUAAACGCAGCAAGGUUCAGGUGCAGCUAACAAACCAAGACGAGCAGACCAUGGUAGCGCUUGUCCAGCAGCAGAAGGAACUGGAGGCCUUCUACAACGAGAACGAGCGAAUCUUUCAACUCAUCUACCACUGGUCGGAAGGGUGGAGCAUGUACCUGCGGCUCGAGUCAAGCGGAGGAGUCUCCGGGACUAAAACGAAGAAGAAAGCGAACAUGAACGACGUCGAGAAGAAACAGCUGCGCCAGGUGAAAGAACAACUGACGAUGAUAGAGAGGGAGCUGACGAUAAGGUGUGCCGAAUACGAGCAACGUAAAAAGACCAUGUUUACCGUGUUAGGCCAACCGGCAAUGGAUGUACUGUGCACGCUGAAAGAGCAGCGGAAGGAGUUAACACUGCCCGGUGACUCUAAGCGCACACCGCGUGUGGUCAAUCGGGAUGUAUUGCGACUGGAACAAAUCGACAGUGAGCAACAGGUUGGCGACAAGGCUAAUCCAUUGGAACGUGAGAACGUGGACACAACCGACACCAGUAGCGACAGCGAGGCGGACGAUACGCGCGACGAUGAGCUGUUGCAGGAAGCGUUUGCAUCGGCCUCAACUGUAAUCAAAAAAAGUCGGACGAGCACUGAGAACGGUGCCCAGCCAAAGGGAACCCUAAGCGCGCUCGAUCAUCAAACAAACAUAAACAAUAAUAUUUCGCCAGCUCGGGAAUCCACGACCCUGCCAUUGUCAAUUGGCACAUCAGUGAUAAAGAAUCCCAAGAAUCGUGAGACUACAAAACUUGCCGAAACAUUGAAAGACAAAUCAGCAUCACCGAUCGGAACCCGAAACAAUGCCGGAGUAGAGAACCCAAAUGCCCGCACAGUUACAGCCACCUCUCCUGCUACCGUGGACAAAGUACGCUCGAAGCAAAGCGUAAAACGGGAACCGUCACUCAUAAUUUAACGUUAACAUGAAUUCAUGGGAUCCGCGAAAGCCGAGAUGAAUGCAUGGAAACAUUUUAUACACAUUUUGCAAACGGGAACUGGCUUAAUACGGAACUUAGUGCCUUCAUACUGUGGAAACUCUGUCGCGUUCGCUCUAUCUCUUCUGAAUACUGCCUUUGAACCAUUGUCUCUAUUUUUCUGCCAUGUAAUCUUAAAUCCCUAGCGCCGGAGUUAAUGCAGAUUCCAUUUAACUAAGAGGAGGGAGAGACGAGGUGAGUGAUAGAGAGAGAACAUGCGUGUUAAGUUUAUACUAGGAUGUUAAAAUAAUAAUUUCAUAUCAUACCAUCUAGAAUGGGCAGAAAAGAUAAUUGAAACCGUUAAGAAUUUUUGUUUUUCAAUUGACCUUCACUUCGGGAAAAUGGUGGAUUUUGUUGGCAAAAAUAGGAUUGGCGUUGUCCUGCUACAAACAAGCUAAUUUUUGUAGUUUUUGCACUACUAAACCGACAUUUCAUGUGGAUGUCAGUGCAUUUCCUCCAGUGAAACCCGCAUUACAAGUUUCUUGUCUCCAGUGGCUAACGUAGGUUUCUAUUAGGAUUUCAAAUUGUACCAUGCUGAAAAACACGCCUUUCACUAAACCGAACAUAUAAAUUAAUCUGGUACAGUAUCGCCAAUAUCAACCUCUUGGGAAUACGGCCUCGUUAGGCGGCUUCAGAUUUCAGACGAUCGUCUGCCUCACCGGAAACACACGUUAAAGAUCAUUGGAUAGUUUUACGCGUAGGCAACGGAGUUUAGGACGAGUUCAGCGUUGAAAUAAAUAGAAACGUUCAAAGAAAAAAGAACUAUGAUACGUUGGGGAUACGCUUUAGUAAUUUUUUUUCUUUCGGGCCAGUUUAUGUUUGGAUCAUUUUUUUAAUGCAUUAUUUAAACUCUUUAUUCAUGCUUUAACGGGUACUAUGAAAAUGGGUUGUUCACAACAUUCUUGCGAUUUUUGUUUUCAUCCCCUUGCGCGCGAUUUCAACAGCGACCAAUAGCGUGACAAGCUAGGCAAAGGGUAGGUUCCUUGGAAUAGUUUAGCAUACGUAAAGUACAUACGUGAAUUGGGAAUGGAAUUGCCCCAAACGGAUACGAAAAUAGUUAACUAAAUUCAAUUCGUGUGAUGUAUUUAGUUGUAAC